CAAAAGCGGCAAAACCUCCGAAACCCAAGUAGAAGAAGAAGAAGCAGAAGCAGAAGCAGAAGCAUCAUCAAACUCAAGUACAAACCCCUCCCAGUUUACAAUACUUGGAAAAACCCAGAAGCCAAAAAGCACUGUCUUCAAUCCCGACACUCAUUUUUGUUUCGGAAGAUGGCUAGUGAUUGUUAGACACAAUCUCAGACCACAGAUGCAGAAGAAGAAGCUGAUUAUAGCAUUGGGGGGACUGAGAAAGCUGCUGACGUUCGCCAUAUGCAUAAUAGCUUUGGUGGCUCUCUUCUCUGCCCAUGUCCCCAUUUUCCCUUCUUCUAAGGUCCCUAACUUCUCUGACCCCUUCAAGCUCCCCACGAAGUUGACAACUGAGCAGAGCUGGACUCAGGAGCUCGCUCCACCCCAUCUGUGGAAAGCGCCUGUCGCUUCUCGCAAGUUAGAAAAUUCAAAUAGAACUUUGGAAACACUAUGGAAGCCUCCGCCAAAUCGCGAUUUUGUGCCAUGUGUAGAGCCAAGUACCAAUUAUACGUCUCCUACAGAGUCCCGGGGUUUCCUUCUAGUACAUACGAAUGGUGGGCUGAACCAGAUGCGUGCUGGGAUAUGUGAUAUGGUAGCUGUAGCCCGUAUCAUAAAUGCUACUCUUGUUAUUCCGGAACUUGAUAAACGGUCAUUCUGGAAUGACUCUAGCAUCUUUUCAGAUGUUUUUGACGAAGACUAUUUCAUCGAUGCUCUAUCUAAUGAUGUCAAAAUAAUAAAAAUGCUUCCUACGGAACUAGUGACCGGUACCAGAGCCGUUAAGCAUUUUAGAAGCUGGUCCGGUAUGGACUACUACCAAGAUGAGAUAGCUAACAUGUGGGAAGAAUAUGAGGUUAUCCGAGCUGCGAAAUCAGAUUCUCGCUUAGCAAAUAACAAUCUACCUCUAGAUAUUCAGAGGCUUCGCUGCCGUGCUUGUUAUGAAGCUCUAUGCUUUGCACCUCAAAUUGAAGCAAUGGGAAAAUUGUUAGUCAAUCGGAUGAGGUCUUUUGGUCCUUAUAUUGCUCUGCAUUUACGAUUUGAGGAGGACAUGCUUGCUUUUAGUGGAUGCACGAAGGAUUUAUCUUCAGCUGAAGCGGAUGAACUAAGAAUCAUUCGUGAGAACACCCCAUACUGGAAAGAAAAGGAUAUAGAUCCCAUAGAACAGAGAUCCAAAGGAUAUUGCCCCUUAACUCCAAAGGAGGUUGGUAUAUUUCUCACUGCUCUUGGAUACCCCUCAAACACACCGAUAUAUCUCGCGGCUGGAAAAAUAUAUGGGGGCAACACUCAUAUGGCAGAACUGCGGUCUCGUUUUCCGAUACUAAUGAGUAAGGAAACAUUGGCAUCUGUUGAAGAGCUCGAAUCUUUUGGAGAUCAUGCAUCUCAGAUGGCUGCACUGGACUACAUAGUUUCAGUUGAAAGUGAUGUAUUUAUUCCUUCAUACUCCGGAAACAUGGCGAGGGCAGUUGAAGGUCACCGUCGCUUUCUUGGACACAGGAAGACAAUAUCUCCUGACAGAAAAGCCUUAGGUCGUCUGGUUGACAAACUUGAGCAGGGAAUCCUGAAAGAAGGCAAAAGUUUAUCGAAUCGAGUAAUUGAAUUGCACAGGAGACGGCAGGGGUCUCCACGGAAGAGAAAAGGUCCAAUUUCAGGAACCAAGGGCACAGAAAGGUUCCGAUCAGAAGAACCCUUCUACGUUAACCCUUUACCGGAUUGCUUGUGUAAGAAGGAAUUACCGAUUCAAGUGACAAAGUAAUGAUCUCAGAUAUUGCAAAGCAGUGCUGUCGAAAAAACUUCUCGCACUGCAGAGUGGUGACACAUCAUUCAUUCCAGAUUAUUAAUGUUACUCUACAAGCUUAGUAUUAUGAUAGUCAUAGACUCAAUAGGGAUGCGGAUGUACAUGUAUAUCCUGAGUUUAGGUAUAGCUGAGUCGGUAUAUCUGUGUUAAAAGAGGAGAAAACACGACAGUGUAAUAUCAGGGAUUCAAUCGCCGCAGAUAGUGAGACGGGUCUUCCAUCAAUGACCAAGGCAUCUUUGUGCUUUGCGAAGUUGGCCUGCUUUCAACAUUCAAGAACUUGGUAACUUGUUUGGAAUUUUUACAAAAUAACUCGUGUAUUUAUAGCCAUCCGAUGGAAAUGAAAAGAAUAUGAUUGCUCCUA